AUGAACACCGGCGUCAAAACCGGGAGCACUGCCUCAUAUGUGCAGCUCUCACUCCUCCCCGCCGGAUUCCUCACCCUGCCCGAACACUUCUUCUGCGCAGAUCAGCAUGACAAGAGCAUCCGCAACCUCGUCCCAUCAAUGUCCUUCUUACUUCAACACCCUACUACAGGCUCCAAAAUACUAUUCGACCUCGGGCUGCGGAAGAAUCUCGACGAUUACCCAGAUGACAUACAGCCACAUCUCAAAACCCGGCAGCCAAUACAGACCGAGCCUGAUGUCGCUGACUCGCUGCGCCGUGGAGGCAUGGAACCUCGCGAUAUCAACGCCGUGAUCCUCAGCCACGUCCAUUACGAUCACGUCGGCGACCCCCGCAACUUCCCCAACGCGCAAUUCAUCGUCGGCCACGGGACUCGCCACCUACUGGAGCACGGCAUGCGAUAUCACUCCGCGGCCAAGUUCGAAAAGGACCUGCUCCCCUCCGAUCGAACGAUCGAAAUGCCAGUGCAAAGUCAACAAACCAAGCCUCCACCGAACUACGCCGCAGAACUAGCCGCCUCACAACUACCCCCGACUCGAGGGCUGGAUGUCCUGGCUCCAGGGCUGAACCAUGACUGGAGACCCCUCGGCCCGCUCGACAACGCGGUGGACCUAUUCGGCGACGGGCUCGUCUACAUCGUCGAUAGUCCGGGCCAUCUGAUUGGUCACUUGAACGUGCUGGCAAGGGUGGCAGAGGACCAGUGGGUGUACCUGGCCGGCGACGCUUGCCACCACGCCCGCAUACUGGAGGGGUCGACGGGUAUGGCUACGUGGUGCGAGAACGGGAUGACUGUCUGUAUCCAUGCCGACAAAGAAGUUGCUACGGACACCUUGCGUAGGAUCAGAGAACUCAAGACGAAGGGUUUCCGGGGGGCCAAUGUUGAGGUGGUUCUGGCGCACGAUGAAAGUUGGUUCUGGCAGCAUCAGAAUGCCGUGUGGCCCCAGACUUUUCUGUAG